AUGAGCUCUUCCCAUCCACAAUUCGGCCUUCAUAGCCAUCUUCCCUCUUCCUCCUCUCCAACGGGAAACAGCAGUGGAUCAUCAUCGGGUGGACACCAAAAAGUUGGAGUCGGAUUAGCGAAUUUGAUGACCAAUGGAUUGAAUGCAUUCAACGUGGUUGGAAGUGGUAGUAGUGGAAACGGAGUUGGGAUACCUCUGCUUUCAUCAUCACCAUCCUCUCUCAAUCAUCUAUCCACAACACCAACCACUACAUCCUCUUCUUCCCAACUUCAUCAAUUUCGUAGUGGUGCUACUUUAAGCAAUAACACAACGGUAAAUUCCUUGAACGGAGGAAGCGGUUUAAAUAAUUUAAUUUCUUCUUCUUCAUCUCAAUUGUCGGUUGAUCAUCAUCAUCAAUUACGUAAUCUUAGUGGUAAUCACCUGAUUGGAUCACUUACAAAUAAUAAUAACAAUGGUAGUAACGCUCUGUCAUCACCAUCCCUCCUCUCGUUCAAUAAUGUUCAUGGUCAGAUCCCGCCUCCCUCCACUUCUUCUGCAGCAUCAUCUCUCACAGGAUCUCUAGCCGGAAAACUCAAUACGAUCAUUUCAUCAAAAGGAAGUAUCAGUCAUCUAGAAUUGCCUAUCAAUGAAUUUUCAUCAUCAGCACCCGUUCAUAAUGAUCUCUUGGAUAAUCCUUUAACAAAUCACUUACCACUACCAAUCAUGAAUAAUAAUAACAGCCAAAAUAAUCAUGAUGAAGAUACAGCCGGUAGUUUUGAUCCACAGCCUGUCGACACUAAGAACAACAAUAACAACGGCAAAACUAAUCCUUCUCUCCAAAAAGAAUUGAGCGGUGUCACUAAGAGACCGAGACGAGUGGCCAAAUUGGCUUGUGUGAGUUGUAGAAAAGCUCACGCUUGUUGUGAGGAUAAGCGACCAUGCUCUCGAUGCAUUGCUCAUGGAUUGGAGUGUCAAGAUCAGGUUGGAAAAAAAAGAGGCAGAAAAAAGAAAUCUGGCUCUGACACUGAGGAACAACUUCAGAACAAAGAAGCAGAUGAAAACAAUACGGAAAACUCUACAGCGGCUGGUGAGCCCUCACAACACACUGCUCAUGCAUCAACCUCUGAGGACAAAAAGAAAAAAAAGAGAGGAAAAUCUUCAAAAAAGACAAAAGGAGAGAUCAAAAAGGAGGAGGGCAUAAAUGAACAACAACAGAACCAACAACAACCUUCUUCAUCAUCCUCUUCAUUCAACCAAAAACAAACUAGUAAUAAUCAAUUCAUACAGUCGAGUAGUAAUAGUAGUACAGCGCUUCAAGUCACUGACUCUGAAUUGAAAACACCUGGAGCAAUGCUUGCAAGUGGAAAUUCAGUAAUUUUUCCAAAUGGUGACAAUCACGGCUUGUCUGUUCCAUUACUCAUGAAUCAACCUCCUGAAAUUCAACAAUUAACUCAAAUUUUGAUGAGAACUCCUGUAGAUACAUUCUUCCUUCACUGCAACAAUUUAAACACAGCCUAUGACUACCAGAACAAUCAAAGUUUAUUUGGGACACCCUACUCACUUCACCUUGACGAUAAUUCUAUAGCCAAUUACAACAAUAAUAACAAUAUCAACAACAACAAUUCUAAAUCAAACUUAACUCCAAAUCAGCUAGUUUCUCCAGGAGGAGCAACAUCUCCUUUUAUUGAUUUUACAAGCGACGAUUUUUUACGAUUUUCUCCUCAAAGCCCAUUAUUUGCAUCCUUGGUAGAAAUGAAUGACAUUGAAGUGAACAAUGAAGUUCAACAAGUUUCAUCAGACACCACAACACUAUUGAAUGAUGUUAACAAAGAAACCAAUUUUGGAUCAAAUGCUUUGUCAUCCUUGUCUUCGGAAAACCAAUUUUCAAAAUCAAAUGUUGCUUCAGCCACGAUGGAAAAUCCUAAUGUCGGCACCUCAACAGCUGGAAGUAGUAGUGAUGAUGGCGUCCAAAUUGAAGAUUAUCCUAAUGAAGACACAACAAAGACAUCACAUCAAUCACCUAAAGAGGACGAUAUGUUUGAGAGAUUGAAAAAGAUGAGCAACGAAGAAUUGAUCAAGUGUUUACAAAUUGGUGAGGACACCAAGAAGAUGAUUGAGGACUCGAUUAGCCAUUUGAAAGCAUUUGACUCCAAUCCAGAGACGGCAAGUAUGACUUAUAUUGAAUAUUUAACCCAGAACUUCCCAAUUUCAUUACUACUGAAGCACAAAUUAAGUGAAUCAGCAAAAAGACUGAUGGCAGGCUGUGAACCAACAAGUGUAUCCAGUGAAAAAGAAAUUGAAAUUUUGAAAGAAGAGAAUAAGAGGCUUAAAGAAGAAAAUUUACGAAAAGCAAACGAGUCAGCCAUGUUGUCAGCCAUCAAUGAAAAUUUGAGAAAUCGAUUCUCAGAGUUAGCAUCCAAGGGAAUUAUUAAGAUGCAAUAUGACGAACCUCCAACAUAUGGAGCUAAUAACAAACCAACAGCAAUUCAAAAUUCAUACCAAGAAUUGGUCAUGCUCAUGGAAAACAAGCAAGAAAUGGAUUCGUCAGAUUUUGGAAUAAUGAUCAUGUUUCCAGGCGGUCGUUUGGUGAGUCUGAACAAAACACUCCUCACAAAACUCAAUUAUGAUCCAGCUGAUUUGUAUGACAACUUGGAGCGAUGGGAAGAUGUGGUUCAUCCUGAGUCGUAUCCGCAAAUUAUUGCUCAUGUAUCGCGAGUCCUCAAGACGCCACCUGCACCAAGAAAAUCAUUCAAAUGUAAAGUGUUAUGUAGAAAGAAGGGAGGAGGAACGGUAUCUGCUGAACUUUAUUUAUGUAUUGUAGGAGGAAAAUUUUCGUACAUUCCAGUGUUUGCAAUUGGAUAUUUCUUAUUUGACGACUCAAAACCUAUUCAAUAA